AUGGCGAGCAAGGCGACGGCGGCGACGUCGUGGCGGUGGCGGCUGCUGCUGCUGCUGCUGGUGGCGGUGGCGGCGCUGUGCUGGAUCCCGCCGGCGAUCGCGAUGGCGGCGGCGGCGUCGACGGCCAAGAAGGGGGCGCGGAGGUCGCUGCUGGGGUUCGUGGAGGCGCAGGGCAACUCCUCCUACCGCUGCAGCCCCUCCGGCCCCUGCAUCCCCUGCCAGUACUCCGAGAAGAAUGACGAGAAGUACUGUUGCAGCGAAACUGGCUACCGUUUGCCUUUGAAAUGUAUACAGGUACAAAAUGGUACAAAAGAAGAGAACAAAACAAAGGAUAGAAAGAUGUUGGCAGAGACAUCCAUGCCAGCUGGCCCAAAACAUUAUGUUACUUACAGGAGUUGUGUACCAUUGGAGGCUGAAGAGAAACUAUCUAUUCUUGGUUUCGAGGUCCUCAUGGCUGGAAUGUUGCUUGUAAGUGGGCCGUUCGUGUAUUACCGGAAAAGGCAAGCAAGUGUAAUGCAAGGGGUUUCAAGAAUCCCGACAAACCCUCCUAGGUUUUAG